GAAUACGUUAAAAUACUGCAAGAAAUGAUUCUUGAUGAUGACUUUACGGUCAUAAGAUUUUUCAGGAGAAUGGAUUGUGCAUUUUCUCAAAAGGACCAGGCAAAAGAAUGUUUACGAGAGGCAUUAAAAAUCCUUGCCUCAAAGAAUGAUGAGUACUCGCGAAAGGCUAAAAACCUUCUAGGUCGCUUUGAUAGUUGCACGAACUCCUAUUCUGUAGAGCAAUUCUGGAACGGCCUCAAAAUACGUGAAGAACAAGACAAAUCGCGCACUGAUCAACUUCUUUUAGAAGAAAAAAAGGAACAACAUCUUUGUCUCAUUGACUCUAAUGUGAUUACCGAGCAUAACCAAUCAAGCAAUAGAUUAAC